AUCUGGACUUCACAGCUCUUUAGAGAACUGGAGUGAUUCAUGGCCCUCACAGAAGAAACCUCUACAUCCACCUUUUGAAUGGGCGAUUCCUUGUUCUAAAAAUUUCCAAGUUCAAGUUUACUGUUAUAGGUAUACGUACCCAGGGUAUAAAUGCCACGAAAAUUAGAUUUUCGCAGCAGCAGCACAGUGCAUUACAAACAUAAAUUACAAAAAUUAUACAUAGCUUACAGGACAAAAUGAACAAAAGUAAACAUAAAGACAUAAUUUUGCCCCCGUUUUAGAUACCCCCACUGGGGGAAACAUUGGCCCGGCAUCCACCCUGUUCAUGUUUGAACAGGACCACUCUUCUAAACCGUGAGUGUUUGGCUGUGGGUUUGGCCAAUUUACCAUACUUCCUUCCACAAAUCCCAGCUACACAUCAACUGGGGGAAUGUUGAACUUGCCGGUGUGCCGUUUGUAAACUACCCGGGCCUUGGGCGGUUACAGCUUGUGCCGAGGAAGAGGGCCACAGCGGUGGGACGCGUGUGAGAGGGGCUGCCCCGUGUUUCCCGGUGCCGGGAGCUGCCGGCGUGUCUCUGCUCCUCCCCCCCCCCGGGUUCCCCGGACGCGCUCUUCGCCAUGGCCUCGGAUGUGCAGCGAAUCCUCGAAGCCGCCGAUUUUGCGGCGAGAAAACACAGAAACCAGCGGCGCAAAGACCCGGAGCAAACCCCGUACAUCAACCACCCCCUGGGUGUUUCCCGAAUCCUGUCCCAUGAAGCUGAAGUUACGGAUGUGGUCGUCUUGCAGGCGGCACUUCUCCACGACACCGUUGAGGAUACUGACACUACACUGGAAGAGAUCGAGGAGAAGUUUGGAGAGAAGGUCCGGAGUAUCGUUGCUGAGGUGACGGAUGAUAAAUCUCUUUCGAAGGCUGCGCGGAAGGAGCUUCAGAUCCAGCAUGCGCCUCACUGCAGCCAUGAAGCCAAACUGGUGAAACUGGCAGACAAACUGUACAAUCUGCGGGAUCUUAAGCGCAGCAGACCGAGAGGAUGGACAGAGAAAAGAGUUGAAGAGUAUUUCAUCUGGGCUUCCAAAGUAAUUGCUGGACUUCGAGGAACCAAUCUAGCCCUGGAAAACAGCCUGGAUACACUGUUCAAAGAAAGAAACAUUUUUACUCGGUAAUGGAUACUUAUGGCCGAAUCCUCUGUGAUCUUUUUCAAUGAACACACAAUAAAGAGUCUUACUGUAAAGUGAACAAUUUUAAAUAUCCAUCUUGUCCUGAAGUAAAACUACCAAGGAAUGUGCAUGUGCUCAUUUUCUCUGCCUGUUGUUCGUCCUUGGAAUGAGUAAGUUAGUGCUUCAGAAUCAGGUUUAUUAUCACUGACAUAUGAUGUGAUAUUUUUGUUCCUUUUGAAAUAAAUGCUGGCUAUUUAGUUUGACUCAC